AUGGCGGGCAUUGGUCCUGCACCAAUUCUCUUCAAUGAAUUUUUUCAAAUGUUCAUGAGGUGCAUGCCUCCAAACGGAUGGCCAGUGAACUCCAAGAUUGCCGUUGGCAACUCUGGAGGACCAGAUUCCACUUGCUUGUUAUUCCUCCUCCAAAAGUUGCUGACUGACCUGCGCUCAAAAACCAUGGCGAGACAAUCGAUUCCGACCUCAGUCGUCUCUCUCUCCGUCAACCACAACCUCCAAGAAGCUUCACAUUCGAUGGCAGCUCGUUCUGCGGCGAACGCAGCAGCCAUGGGGAUUGAACAUCUGACGCUUGACAUACCUUGGGGAACACCGCCGUUCUCUGACAAACCUGUUGCUAGUCAGUCGAUGGAGCAAGUCGCGCGGGAGGCGCGAUAUCAUGUUAUAUUUGAUGGGAUGGCGCGCACUGGUGCCCACUCAGUCGCAUUUGGGCAUCAUGCUGACGAUCAAGUAGAGACUUCAUUGAUGCGCCUUGCAAGGGGAACGACAGAACUUGGCGCAGGAGGCAUGCGACGAUGCCGCAGGUGGGGUAUGGGUACCGGUGAUGUAGAAGGUGGACUUGGGUGGGUUGGUCACCAUGGAUUGGACCGUUGGAUCAUAAGACCUCUUCUUGACGUCAGAAAGGACAGGAUCCUUGCUACCUGUGAAGAACACCAGCUCGAUUACGUGAAUGAUCCGACAAACUUUCAGCCCGAGAUUACUCUAAGAAAUGCAAUUCGGCAAAUGCUGACUCUGCAGGAAGAGGGCAAAGAUAUGGUGUUGUCAUUACUUAUCAUCACGCAGUCUGCACUUUCUGGGCUACCACAACAUAUUUCUGGCUCUCUUGAAAAAAUAAAGGUAGCUGCAGCUGACCUCCAGGAAACCACAAUGGAUCUCGAAGGUGGAUUGCAUCAACUUCAUGGGGCAGUGAAGGUUCUUUCGUCGCGACUCGAGGACGUUGAUAAUGAGGUCACAUUCCACCUAAAAAACCUGACUCUCCCUUCUCCUCCAAGUACUCUCAUCCUCUCCUCGCACGCGUUGCCUGCUAUCGUGGAUCCAACUGUUCGUCUUGCUCUGGUCCUUCGGGUCAUGCGUUAUGUAUCGUUCCAUCCAUGGGGAUCUCUGCGUGCGGACGGCAAUCGACGCAGAACUAGCAUACAGCGCAUCAUCGAUACUCUGUGGCAGUCUGACGGUGCCCCACCAUUUACUGCAGGUGGUGGAGUACUUUGGCAGCCUGCGAUAUUCAGCGCUAAGAAGCGACUCCGAGUGGGCACGCAGUGUCUCGGUCGCCGAUUACAACUAGGCGAGAGAUUUGCCUGGAUGGCAUCUAGACUGCCUGCUGUUCCUUACAACAUGUUGGACACUGCAAUAUUACCUUCAAAAUUGGACAUCGAUGUUACGGAACGCCUCGCAAGCGCCACGAGUCGUGGCGACGACUUUUUGGAAGUUCUAUUUGACUGCCGUUUCCUUGUGCGUUUCGAUCUAUCACAGAUUCCAGAAGAACUGGUCGAAGCUCUACGAAAAUCCCAGGAGACAGGGGUGAACGUGAGAAUUAAGCCUCAUACAAAGUAUUAUUGGCCCAAGGUGGUGUUGCGAAAGCCUUCUUGUGUAGAUAUCGCAUAUGCUACACUGAUGGAUAACGGACAGAUAGACACAUUUGGGCACGCGCCUUGGGUAACGAUGAAAUACAUAAGGCUACUGGACGCGACUUAG